AUGAAACUUGAAGCUUUCUACUUAAUAAAUGUGACUUUAUAUCUGGAAACAAUGAAAGAUGUCAUCACCUUUCUUUUGAUUAACAAAAAGUGUUAUGAAGUUGUGCAACACCUUCAAGUCAAUCCUUGGCUGAACAAUGCAAUUGAUAUCGAGCUCUUUUAUACAUUGUUUGCUCCAUUCACUUUGAAUUGUAAUAAUUUUCCUAUUGAUGUUAUUUAUAUUGAAAAGGCUCAGUGUAUUAGAAAUCUAUGUAUAGCACAAUCCGCUUCAAAUUCGAUGUUAAAAAAGAUUUCUCCAAUUCUCUUUUCUAAAUUUCGUAAUUUUGAUAUUGAAUUGAAUACAACAGAAAUUGUUCGUAAUGUAUUAGAAAACGUGUCUCAUAAUUACAAUUUGAUUUGUUCGCCAUCAGUAUUUACCAUUUUUGUUGAAAUGUUUAAAGAAAAGAAAUUACCAAAAGAGGUCUUUCCAAAUAAGGUGUGUAUCGAGUUUAUAAAAGCACCAAAUUUUGGGAUGGAAAAGUCCAUUUUUGACACUAAAGAUGCACUUAUUGAUGAAGAAGAAAUUGUCAAAAUCAUUGAUAACAGUGCAGUGGACUUUCAUACAAAAAUUGUAUGUGACUGGACGGCAUGUAAUUAUUACACAAAAUACACAAGUAAAAUGCAACAUUGUGGCCAUUAUAUGGGGAGUGUUGUGAACGUUGGAGAGUACAAAAAAAUCAAAUUGGUUAAACCGAAUAAUGGCAUCAUUUUUAACAUAAGUGAACACAAUAGUUUUCAGAGUUUAAAUAGUGAUAAAAUAUGUCUGGAGUUGUUGCAAUUGUGUUCAGCAUGUUUAGUACCAAAAGUCACAUUUAGAAUGAUGUACAAUUCUAUUCGUUUUGUGUGGAAUACACCUAUUUUGAUACUCGAAAAGAUCAUUUUGCUUAUGUAA